AUGUUUAAACAGGAUUGAAAUAUGGGAAACAAAAUUAUAUAAUCAAGUUAUAUGUUCUUUUAAUCGGUCUAUUAGACCUUUUCAACAACUCCAGACACCGACUAUUGACACCUGCAGUUUACAGAAGAAAUAGAGGGGUCGUAUCAAAGAUAAAAAUCAUUCAGUUAAAACAUGCAUGUAACAUAAACGUAGUCCUACAUAUUCGAUUUAAACGGUGUUUUUUUUUUUAAAAGAACGGAUAUUGUGCAAAUAGAUAUUCUGGAUUUUCUGUGUUUUUCCCUUUCUUUCAUUAAUCCUUAUCACAUGUAAAAAAAUAUCCAUAAACAAUUUCACUUUCAAUUCUAUAAAUCUUUAAAACAAUCGGCAAUCUAUUCACAUCCGAAUCUAUUGCUUCUUCGGUAAUAUUAUUGAUAUCUUGUUGUACGAGUUUUCCAUGGAAGACUGCUUCGGUUGCCAAUAGCCGUUAAUUCAUUUUUGGAAUGUUAUUUAAUGACUCUCCAUUUUAUCCUCCCCAUAGUAACAUAGUUAUGGAUAGGACAUUACAAUGGGACUAUCUGUCUGUCCGUAAUGCGUCAAAAACACACUUCUGGACAUUAUAGAGGUUUCGUUGUUGCUUGUUGUAUGUAUUGAAUAUAAUUGACUGUAAUAAAUUCCCGAAUAAAUCAGACCUUGUCCCUUUGUUUUUUGAUACAUUUUCUCCGUUUCCGGGCUUAGUCAUCACGGGAAACACGUCUUGUAUGUUGUAAGAAGCUAGAACUGAUUACCCUGUCGGAGCACUUGCGUUGAUCUCAGUUUUACGGAGUCAGUGUUUUCUCAUAUAACUUUGGUCUUCUAUGAGAAAAUUGCCCUUUUCUCUUGUCCCCUGAUUUUGUUUUCUUUAUUUUCUCUUUUGUUGAUCUACGCUUCGGUUUUCUUGUCUUAUUUAGUUUUACCAUGCGUCCCAAUGAUCUUUAUUCUUAUUUCAUCUCUGACCAAACAUAGAGAGGUUUUGGAUCCGUUCAUAUAUUAAGUAAAAACCCCGCCGCAUAAGUUUUGUACCUUUUCAAACCCUUGAAUAUGUUGGUCAAUAUAUAGUAUAUUCUUUUCUGUUAGAAUAUUUAGUUUAUAAUAUUAUACUGCGGCCAUGGGAUUUUAUCUCUUUGUUCUGUCGGAGCCGUUCAGAUCUCGCUGCUUAGUACUGACUUCGAAGAUCACGCGGUAACUCUAAAUGUCAGUUUUAUGUGUUGUAUUGUUUGAUUUUAAGCUUUAUUCGUCCCGUGUCCAUUGUCAGUGCCUGUCUUUUCUCAUUAUUGUCAAAGUCUGUUUUGUGUUAUUUGCAUUGAAAAAAUAUAAUCAAAAUAUGAAGUAGGACAUUCGCCUUAUCUAAAUGUUCUGUGCAAAUUGUCACUGAAUACUUAAGUUGAACCAAUAGCAUGAGUGAAUUAAAAACCCUACUAAGUAUAAAGUACAUUGUGAAGGCAUCCGAGGCAAAAAAAUAACAGACUUUGUAUAGACAUGUGCCGCCCUUGCCAAUAGACAUAAAAUAAGUGUCUGUUUACAUAUUUACAACUUUUUUUUCAUUUUGCUAGCUUAAAGUAGUUAGAUUCUCAUCUUCUAAAAAUAUAGAAUAGAAAAUUAAAGAUUUCCCUUUUAUUCAUUCAUGAGGGUCUGGAUGGGGGUCCCUCAACCCUGCAUUAUCUUUUUUAAGCUUUUUUCUCUAUUUUUAUUUUAUUUUUCCCAUUGUUCUCUAUUCUUUAUUAUAAUUUAGCACCACAGUAUUCUCUUUUCGUUUUUUUUUUUUUGCCUUUUGUCUCCAUUUUUUUACCAUGAUUCUGUAGUAUUGGUCCAUUUAUGUCUAUUCUGUAAACCCCAUCCAGACUCAUUCAUACUUAAUUUAAAAUGAAAUUAAAGAAUUUAAAUCAGUUAAUGGUUUAUAACCAAAACAAGAAAAAUAUCGUUGUGGUAAAUACAAAUAGGCAAACAUUUUUUUUCCCUUUCAGUUCAGAAUGUUCAGUUACUGAUAACAAUUAUAUACAACCAUUACUACUUUGAAACGACCACUUACAUCUUGCCUGUCGUAGUCGUUGUCAACAAAAGGUGUAGUUGAUGUCUAUCACGAGUCUCGAGACAGAUAAUGAUUUUAAUGUAUUGUGAGAAAUACUGAACAUAUUGAUUCUUUUGAUCACCAAAAGCAACCUGAUACGUAAAUGUUAUAACUUUAAGUUAAUAACAUCGUAGUAUCCGAGUACUAUUACCAUUUCUAUUUUUUGUACAUACGACAUUAAAAUUUAUUCCCCAUUCAUUAAAUAGCUCGACAUAAAAAGCAAGUCAUCCGUAACUUUAAAGUUUGCCCUUAUUCACUUAUAAUAAGAACACAGUUAAAAACAGGUGAAGUUGUGUUUACGUGGUUUUAAGAAAAAGUAUAUUUCGCAAUUUGGAUGCAAUUUCAAGUAUAAAAAAGGAUUAUGUAUUAAAUAGUGAUAAUGUGUGUACGACUUAACUCAUUUGGUUGAAAAUGGAUAGACGCACGCGGUAUGAGAAGCGUCGACACGACAAAGACCACUAUCGCUGGGAUAACAAUUCUUACGACAAUCCAGGCUACCACAGGAACAAUGAUAUAUGUAGGCCUGAUUUUAGACAAAAAGACAAUUUGCACGAAAAUAUCAAUGUUUUUGAUCAUAAAAAUGUCCCCCAACCACACCAGGAAUAUCUAGAAAGUCACGUCUAUGGGGGAACACAAAGAACGGGUUCCGAUCAGCAUUUUCAUGGGAGUAUAUCAACAGAUUCAAUAUCAAAGCCGAAGUCUUGGAAAGCUAUAGCCGUUGCCAUUGGAAUAGUCCUUUUAGUAGUUGUCGCUGGUGCAAUAGCGAUAGCUGUUUAUUUCACUAGUCUUUCGGAUGUUCACAAAAAGACUGUCUCGCCAACAACGACACCUGUUCCACCUCAGGAGCUAAAAUUUCAAGGAAACAUAACAAUUGAUAAUGAAUGGGAUGAAGGAUUGACAAACCGUUCUUCGGCUGUAUACAAGCAGAAAGCAGCAAAUGUUUCAAAUAUGAUAGACAAAGUCUACCAGUCUAGUGACCUGAAAGAUAUAUAUCUACGAAAUGAGGUUGAAGGCUUCAGACAAGGUAGUACUGAAGUUAUUAUUGAUAUCAUCUUCAAGAACCCUGCAGUAGUCAAAGAAGAUGUUUCUACAGCAGCGCCACCUGUUGUGAAGCUGGAUAUAAAAAAAGUUGCUGACACAUUUGUUGAAAGUGUUCAGAAUGGUGUUGUGGAAGAGUACAAUGAUGUUUUUGAUAUUGACACAAAUACAGUCUCAUUUGCUGAUAUCACACCACCAGCCACUUCAGCAUCACAAACAACAACACCGACUACCACAACACCAACUACAACAACACCAACUACCACAACACGAACUACUACAACACAUACAACCACAACACCGACUACAACACCAACUACUACAACACAUACAACCACAACACCGACUACAACACCAACUACUACAACACCGAUUACAACAAUACCAACUACCACAACACCAACAACCAUAACAUCAACUACUACAAUGCCUACUACCACACCACAGACUUCAACAACACCAACUACCACAACACCAAAUACCACAACACCUACAACCACAACACCAACUACCACAACACCUACAACCACAACACCUACAACCACAAUGCCAACUACUACCACAACAACCUCACCAACUACUACAACACAAACUUCCACAAUGACAACUGUUUCCAUUGAAUCUCUUGUUGUGUUCUAUGUACAAGUUUUCAUGAGAAACAUGACCUGGAUUCCUGCCUACAAUGACACUGGCUCAGCAGAGUAUCAAAACAUGCUUCAGACUGUUAACCAGAUGGAAGCCAACCUGAGACAACAAAUGUUAUCUAUGGAUAGUUCAUCUUCAAUGUCUGAAACAUCACCAAUAGCACAAAUCUUGUAUCGACUUGUCUUCAAAGGUGUCCGUCCAUUGAAUGUAAAUGUUGAAAUUAUGUUUAACCUGGAGUUCAAAGGUCGUUAUGCUGAGAAGUCAGAUGGUUCUCAAGUGAUGUUGGACUGGUUGGCCAUCAAAGACAUUUUAUCAGCUGGUCUAAAAAUAGAUAGAGAUGAUUGUAUCAUAACAGACUUAACACCAAUGACAACAAUAGCUGUAAAGGAUUCAACACCAAAUACAACAACAGUAAUGCCUAACACAACAUUCUGGCAACCACAUAACAUGUCUUCAACAACCAAAUCUGUCAACUUAAUAACACCCAAUACAACAACAGUUAUGCCUAACACAACAUUCUGGCAACCACAUAACAUUUCUUCAACGACCAAAUCUGUCAACUUUUCAACACCCAAUACAACAACAGCAAUGCCGAACACAACAUUCUGGCAACCACAUAACAUUUCUACAACCACCAAAUCUGUCAACAUUUCAACACCCAAUACAACAACUGUUACAGCCAUGCCUAACACAACAUUCUGGCAACCACAUAACAUUUCUACAACUACAUCAAGCUCUGUUCCUAAUGGCACAGUGAUUUUCUCUGUACAACUUUUGAUGAUCAAUAUGACCUGGAUCCCUGCCUACAAUGAUACCAGUUCACCUGAGUAUCAACUGUUAAUGUUGGAAAUACAACAGGUCUUCCCAAUUUUACUCAGCUCUGUUGUUAGUCCCCUGCGCUAG